CCGACUGGAAAUAAAGAAGAAACAGUGGACAGUGGUACUCUCCGAUAUAGCCGACUGACCAAGAAUCGAAGCCGUUGCAACAUACCCGACUGGCCAAGAAUCGAAGCCGUUGCUGAGUUUAGAGUGGCACUCUACCACAUAGCCGAAUGGCCAAGAAUCGAAGCCGUUGCUGAGUUUAGACUUUGGCCAAGAAUCGAAGCCGUUGCUGAGUUUAGACUACGUACCGGACGGAUUGCCUGGCAAAACACCUUCAAAGAUUGGGAGUAUACACUGGCGCCUUCACAGAUUAGGAGAGGAAAUGGAGAAGACCCACCUGAUUCGAUGUCUAGCCCUAAAGACAAGAACGGAAAGCCAGAGAUACUGGAAAGCAAGAAGACAGCUAAGGAAUUGCUAUUAAUUAACUGCUAUAUAGAUACCCCUCCCCCUUUGGGGNACCCGACUGGCCAAGAAUCGAAGCCGUUGCUGACACGAUUGCCUGGCAAAACACCGUCACAGAUUAGAGUAUACACUCAACCAACAUGCCCCUAUGUAACCCACAGGAGAAAAUGGAGAAGACCCACAUGA